CACGGAACACCAGGAAAAGACAACAGGAAGUAACCCACCUCUGCUGUCACAGGGAGAUGCUAAAAGCGGCGGACAGAAAACCCGCUGUACGGAGGAUUAUCUCCGCACGGCGCGUCCACAUUACCUCGUUUGUGACAUUGUGUAAAGCGUACCGGGCUGGGAGGAGCUGCGUUGUGCGGUGAAGUUGGUAAAAUCUACGGGAAGCCCGGUUUCAGUGCCAUCGAGGUGACGCCGGGGCUAAAGUUAGCUCGUCCAGCUCGCUGGGAUCGGACUACAGUCCUGACAGUCCCGUGUUUCAACGACGGUCACAAUCGCCGACAUGAGAGAAAUAACGACAAGACUGCGACUACUUUAACACGAUUUCACUUCGGUUCUGUGUUGCAAUGAGAAGCAGCGGCGUCCAGCUCUGAAGGCUCGGUGCGAUGAACUCGGUAUCGCCUAGUGCGGUGCAGUACGUCGGGGGAGUGAUGCAGGAUGAGCUGGUGGAGAGCCGGAGGCAGCAGCCGCAGCAGCAGCAGCCUCUGGAGCGGCAGGGCAGCUUCGGUCUCAGGCUGCCUCAAAAUGAUGCCAGCAGAGAGGCAGCCGGAGAGCCAGACGAGAUGGACAAACUGAAAGCCAAGCUGAUGUCAGCGUGGAACAAUGUCAAAUAUGGUUGGACUGUGAAGUCUAAAACCUCCUUCAAUAAGAAUUCCCCUGUCAUUGUUCUGGGACACUCGUAUUUGCUCAACAGCGAAGAUGAAGUGGAGCGGUUCCGGCUGGCUUUCGUGUCCAGAAUCUGGCUCACCUACAGGCGGGAGUUCCCUCAGCUGGAAGGUUCCACCUGGACCACCGACUGCGGCUGGGGCUGCAUGCUGCGCAGCGGGCAGAUGCUGCUGGCGCAGGGGCUCCUGGUCCACCUAAUGCCCAGAGACUGGGUGUGGCCAGAUGCUCAGCAGCUGACCGACGUGGACUUUGAGGUCUUUCGACCACGGUCUCCAGCCCGGGCUGCAGGGGUCCCCAUCCCGUCCUUUGGCUCGACACGAGCGCCAAACACUCCAGAGAAAUCACACAGCCAGGCCCCGAGAACCAGCCAAAAGAAAAGAGCCGAGUCCGUGAAGGACAGACAGGCAGAGCCCGUUCACUACAAGCUGCUCACCUGGUUUGGAGAUCAGCCCCCUGCGCCGUUUGGCAUUCACCAGCUGGUGGAAAUUGGCAAAGGUUCAGGAAAAAAGGCUGGUGACUGGUACGGCCCCUCCAUAGUGGCUCACAUACUAAGGAAAGCAAUGGCUAAAACCUCUGUGAUCCAAAACCUGGCUGUAUAUGUGGCUCAAGACUGCACAGUGUAUAAGGAGGAUGUGGCCCGUCUGUGUGAUAUGUCACCGAGUCAGAGUCCUGCUGAUCCAGCCAGCCUGGGCUGGAAGUCCGUGAUCAUUCUGGUGCCGGUACGCCUGGGAGGGGAGUCCCUCAACCCUUCAUACAUCGAAUGUGUCAAGAACAUCCUGAAGCUGGAUUGUUGUAUUGGAAUAAUUGGAGGGAAGCCGAAGCAUUCACUCUACUUCGUUGGCUUCCAAGAUGAGCAGCUGUUGUAUCUGGACCCUCACUACUGCCAGCCUGUGGUCGACGUCUCUCAAGCCAACUUCUCUCUGGAGUCCUUCCACUGUAGCUCUCCUAAGAAGAUGCCCUUUAAUCGGAUGGACCCCAGCUGCACCGUUGGUUUCUACGCCAAGAACAAGAAGGACUUUGAGUCUCUGUGCUCUGCUGUUAGCAUGGCUCUUGCCUCGUCAAAAGAGAAGUACCCCAUCUUUACCUUCGUAGAAGGCCAGAGUCAGGACUAUGGGCUGGAGGGUCACAGCAGCAAUCACAGCAGCCCCCCAGCCCACAUUUUACCUCCGGCCAGACCGGGCCUGAGCAGCAACAGAAGGAGCAGCGACGAGUUCGUCUUCCUCUAAAGCUCUCCCUGCUCCGGCCUGUAGGGGGCAGAAGUGGACAAGCUAUUUCUUGUGAAGAAAAUGAGAACUCCUGUUGAUGAUACAGCUGUCAGGUGAUAUGACUCUUUGAACUUUGCUCCCCCCUCCCUGCUGUCUUCGCCUCCACCUUAGUGGGAAUCAUAAGCUAGCAGGACUUCUGUGGGCCGACUGGAGCACUGCUUUACCGGGUGAGGAGGAUGGCCGAUUGGACCUUGGUUGGAAGUGCUUCUUCUACUUGAAGUUUCCAGGAUUCACUCACAGAAAUGGAAAUUCAAAAAAACAACAACAACAAAGUCGAUUACAUAUUUACUGAGCAUACUGGACAGACGGAGGUGGGCUGCCUCACAUUGUUCUUGUAUUAUAUGCCAUCUGCUGUACAUCUCAAUAAUUUCCACUUUGUACAUUUAUUUAUCAAGUUCAUGAAUGUGUGUGUUUGUAUGCACGCGAGUGCCAGGUUUGUGUAAUUUAUUUGUUCUGUCUAUAAUUGUACAGAGUUGAAAUCUGUUGCGUUGCAGGAGUCUGACUUUCUCCGCAGAGCCGUGUGUUUCGCUCAACUGUUGUAGUUUGGCCUGAAUCUCAGGGCAGAUGACCUGAGGGCCUCUCUUCCACACACCUCCAGCUUCAUCUCAUCAUUAUUUAUAAUUAAGAAAAUGAAACACUCCCAGAAAUCUCCUGUUACGUUUUUCCCGCUGCUUCAAGAAUUAAUCAGAGUCCCAGGUUGGCUGUGGGAGAAAUUAUCCUCUCAGCUGGAGGUGGAAAUGGUUCUUUACCUGCUCGUCUCAUCCAGCGGAGCUGCAGAGAUAACUGGACAUGUCUUCAAAACAUUUCUGGCUCAGCACAGGUUUUAGAGUUUAACUCACACAGCCAAGGCAAUAAAACCGACUCAAGCUGAAGGGUUUUUUUUGCUCAAUCGUGAAUCAUAUGUUGCAGUGGUUUUUUUUUUUUUUUUUUUUUUUGCAUAAGAAGCUACUGCAAGUUGCACUACUACUGUUUUGGGGAUUAUUGUUCUGAUUAAACUUCAAUCACUGGAUUU